AUGCCCCGAACAUGCUUCUUGCAACCAUGCGCUCAGCGCCGGAAGUUCGACGAAGCAGAGUCGGUCCUUCGGCAGGCACUCUCCGAGUCCCCUUCGAACCCGCCCGCCCUCGUGUUGCUGGGGCGGGUGCGGGCCACGACCGGGAAGCUUGACGAGGCCGAAAAGCUCUACAGGGUCGCGCUGGAAGCGUCGCCGAGAAACGCUCCCGCCCACCACGCCCUGGCCAAGGUUUUCGCGUUCCAGCAAAGAUGGGCGGAAGCGAAGGAAUCGUUUGAGCGAUCGCUGGAGGCCGACGCCGACAACGCCGAGGCCUGGUUGGGCCUGGGAAGGGUCUGCAUGGCCACGGGAAACGAGGAAGCUGCGGAGCGACACUACGCGAGGAGCCUGUCUCUGGACCCUUCGAACGCGCUUCUUCACUUCGACAUGGGCGUUCUUAGCUGCAAGAGAGGCCAGGUGGUUGCGGCAGACGAAGCGUUCGCGAGGGCGGGCGAGCUCAACCCCAAGCUGGACCUGACGGUAGUGGCUCAGGACCCCAACAAUGCGGUGCACCAGCUCGCCUACGGGGAACUGUGCGAGGCGCUCAAGGACGAGGAAGGCGCGGGAAACGCCUACGACGAGGCGUUAGGCAUUGACCCGGGGAUGGGCAAGGCCCACUUCCGGAAGGCGUUACUUCUGACGGGGACGGGAGUUACGAACCAGGCGGCGCUGUACGCUUUCGGCCUGAACGCGGAAGAAGCGAAGCGCCACCUGAGGGAGGCGGUGGCUUCCGGGGAGGAGGGGACGGCCAUCCCCGCGACGGAGGCGCUCAAGUGGUGUGAGAUGGAGGAACGAGAGGUGGAAGAGUGGGCCAACGCACUCCGAAAAGACCAGCAAAAAACAAAAGAAGGGCUUCCAGGAGAACGAAGAGACCGCCAAGGAGAAGGAGGAAUUGGUACCGCAAGUGACAAGGCCGGGCGACGCGAUGAGCCUGCAGGUGCAGGGGUAAAGCGAGAAGGGGCCCCGUCGGCGUGGGUGGAGGAGGCCGGGGGGUAUCUUUCCCUCCCGGAGGUGGAGAUUUCGGGUCCCGAAGAGUUCAUGGAGGCGUUUGUCAACAAGAGCAAGCCCGCCGUUAUCAAGGAUGGGUUUGCCCCUAAGGAGGCGUGGUCAUGGACGGCACUGUCGGAGAGGUUCGGGGACAGCGUGGUGCGAGUUAGCCUCAGCGAAACGGGAAGAUUCGACGGGCCGGAACCGGGAGACAUGUGGGGGCUCGCCCCCGAUGACGAGGUGCUCGUGCGGCCCCCCGCGACCUCGAUGGCGUUUUCCGACUUCGUGCGGCUGCUGAGGCAGGAAGAUAUCAAAGAGACGUUUUACCUUGAAUACUUGGCGCUGCACCAGUACCUGGGCACUCCAAUGGCGGUGGGUACUGCAGUAGAUGCUGCUCUCAGCGGGCUCGAGCUCCUCCUCACCAACAUUUGGGUAGGAAAAGGUGCGUACUUACUUGUCUCGAACCUGGGGAUAGUAACAGUAACGUACCUUAUCAUGAACCUCUGGCUAGGGAAAGGAGGAACGACGGCCGUCCUCCACUACGAUGACUACGAAAACCUCCUCUGCCAGGUUAGGGGCACGAAGGAGCUGGUGCUGUUCCCCCCCAAGGACCUGGAAAACCUGUACUACGUCGGCAGGAGGAAGGGCAAGCUCAAGUACCACUUCCCCGGCAAGUGGACAAGAGACGAGCUGGAUGGGCCGAACAAGGUGAUCUUCAGCUCUUCCGUUCGGCUUGACGACCCCGACUUCGAACGCCACCCAAGGUGCGCUUCGGGGUGGGUACAGCCGUGCGCUUCGGGGUGGGAGGGAGAUGUCCUCUACAUGCCGGCCUUCUGGCACCACGAGGUCCGAUCGUACCCAGACGCUGAAGAGGGCAACGUGGCCGUCAACUUCUGGUUCCGAAACGUCACGAGUUUCGCCGACGAGGAACGCGAAGUGCUUGGCAUCGGUGGCGAGCCGAGCCGGACCGAACCCUAAGAAGAUGUAAAGUCUCCCCAUCCGCUU